AAUAAUAAUAAUAAUAAUAAUAAUAAUAAUAAUAAAGAGAAUACAUCCCAAUGGCAACAACAAGAAGAAAAAGAAGAAAAAGAUAAUCAUAAUAUCAAAACAACAGCAGCAGCAUUGAUGGGUGUGGAUUCCUCAUUAACGACCACUUCAUCUUUAUUAACUUCAUCAUCUUCAUCUUCUCGAGUGGUAUUGUAUGGUGUAGAUUUGAAUGUACAGCCGUGUCAUCUCCAUUCUAUUUUGGAACAACUGGUGGGACGACGGCCGUUGAGUGUUUUCCGACCAGCCGCAGAGUUGUGGCAGUCCAUUCGCGAAUCCGCACGCACAAACGCAGAAGGAUCAUCUGAUAAUAUUAAUAAUAAUGAUGAUAUUAGUAAUAAUAAUAAUAAUAAUAAUAAUAAUAAUAAUUCAUUUGUGAGAAAUCCCACAAUGGAUAGUUGUCUACAUCUUGGACUGCAUGAUGUGCAUGGGGCGGGUGGAGUGGUGGUGUUGGAAUUACCGCAGGAAGGUGGAGUAGUGACCGCAGCGAUAGCGGCAUUAAAUGGGGCUUGUGUGAAUGGGCGAAGGAUUACGGCAACUGUGGCGGCUGCAGGUUGA